AUGGAGCUACUCCUUAGAGAGAUCAAAGCUGCUUCUGAGGGUAUGUCUGGAUUUAAAGAAAUGUAUAGCUAUGAGAAUCGCCUGAAAACCUUUGCAGAAUGGCCUUUUAAGGAGAACGGCAGAUGUACUCCUGAAAAUAUGGCUAAAGCCGGUUUUAUCCACUGUCCAAAUGCCAGCGAUCCUGAUGUGGGCAAAUCUACCUUGGAUGUGGCAAAGUGUUUUUUCUGCUUGACCGAGUUGGAGGGCUGGGAGCCAGAUCAUGAUCCUUGGUUGGAACACACCAAGCGGAGCAAGGAUACUUGUGGGUUUUUAACCCUGUCCAAGAAUGUGGAUGAUCUGACAGUAGAGGAAUACUAUCACUUAGAGAAGGAGCGCGUGAAGAUUUUCCUUUGUAAAGCUGUAAGAAGUGUAAUAAAUUCCUUUGAAAAAGAAGUGGCUGCAACCAGGAAACGUCUUGUGGAUCACUUUGUGAAGAAGUACCAGUAUGCUCCUGAAUUGGAGAAGCCAUCCUAG